AUGGAGUUAUCAAUAAUAGGUGUAUUGGUAAUUGUCGAGUUUCUUUGUGUAGCUCAUUUUGAGACCAAAAUUUUGAUUAUAAAACCUGAAUGGAUUUUAGCAGUUGAUACAUAUCAGAAUGAUACGCAGCGCUUGAAAUUGUUGUUUUGCAUGGGGGAUCGACCAUAUCGAUACUCGGUGUAUGGAAAUAAACGGCGAAGAUUGGAGCCUGUCAGGCAACAAAUGGUUUCCACUAUUACACCGACAUCUGAUGAUGAUCAUAACGGCAACUUUGGUUUUUUCGCUUUCAUCACACGAUUCCUUGCACCAAUGACAAAUCUUUUUCGGCCAUCAGUUAAAUCAUUAGCAACUGCAAAAGCACGCAUGAGUAAACGAUCAGUAAAUGAUGAUAUUACACAUCAAAUGAACGGACAAGAAACUAGUGGAUCAAUGGCUGGCGAGGAUGACGAUGUGAUAUUUAUCAAACAAGAAGAUUCAAUAUUGUAUUCUUUGAUUUCAAAGAAAGAUUUGUGUUCUGGUAGAAGCACUGUUGAGCAGGUAGAAGACAAAGAAAACGAAAAGAAAGGAUCGAAAAAGGAAAAAAGGAAGUCAUCAAAUACCUUAACUGCAAUGCCAAUAUGGGGUAAAACUCAUAGUAAGGAUGUUUUUCGGGAAAACGGUGUGAAGGAUGAGACGCUGAAGUGCGAUUCUCCAUCACCGCAACCAGAGCAUAGUAUAAGUCAACAAAUUUCACCAUCGCUUUCGCGAACAGGUUCGGGUAUCUUAUCGGAUAAAUGGGAACGUCGACGGACAUUAUCUUCGGCCAAAAAUAUGUUUUUAUCAAGUCGUUAUUCACCAUAUAAGAUUUUUUCAUCGAGGAAUCUCGGUACUAGCAGGGAAGAGCGUUUUGGCAGACAGGCCAACGUUGUUGAUAAGGAAAGCAAAGAACGCUACAGAAAAUUUUUAGAAGAAGUGGGUAUUCUUAAAACGGGCACAAAACUUUCCCAGCACGAUGAAAGGAAGCCAUCAUCCAAAAAAACAGAUUAUCUUGAGCUCUUACACCGUGGCCAAUCUGCAUUAAAUUCCGUUUCACAAAGUGGAUCUUCAUCGACAUGCUCAUCUCGUAAAGGAUCCACUCGAGCGAACAGCUCGGAUAAUAUUGCUGUUUCAGAAGAAAAAAGCAGUAAUGGUAGUGAAUCCGCUCAAUACACAAAUGUGAAUCAGGAAAAAAUACAUUCAGUGAGCAGGGAAGUUCGUGUUAUUUGGAAUAUAGAGCAUCACGAUGAUUUCAAAGCCUUGUGGGAAAAAGAAAAAAGUACGAAACUACUAGCAGAGCAUCGUUUAGCAUUGUAUCGUCAACAAGCUACUCUAAGGGAUCGUCGAGCCAAGGAGCUAGUGAUUCAGAAGCGUUUAAUAGAAGAAGCACGACGGGAUGAGGAAUUGAGUUUGGAAGAGCAGUUGAGGAAAAAAUUGACUUUCACCGGAUACAUUUUUCGUUUGCGGAAGGCCAAGGAUGAAUUUCCAGAACUUGAUGAUGAAGCUUUACUACUGGUGGAACAUGCUUGGGACCGAAAAUUGCCGCUGAGUGAGAAAUUAUCUGAUGAAAUAACACGGAAAGAUUUGCUGACGUUGAAAGGGCUUGAUUGGCUUAACGAUGAAGUAGUCAAUUUUUAUAUGAAUCUCAUUUGUGAAAGGUCAAAAAAUGAUGCAAAUUUGCCGAAAGCGUACGCGUUCAAUUCAUUUUUUUAUUCUACGCUGAGUACCAAAGGAUAUGCGUCCGUUAGACGUUGGACACGUAAAAUUGAUGUAUUUUCAUACGAAAUAUUAUUAAUUCCUGUUCAUUUGGGUGCCCAUUGGUGUCUUGCUGUAAUUGAUUUUAAAAAUAGGAUAAUUGAUUAUUAUGAUUCAAUGGGUGGUAGUAAUGACCGCUGCUUGGAUAUACUGAGUGAAUAUCUUUGUGAGGAAUCGUUAGAUAAAAAGAAGCAAGAAUUCGACCUUAGUGGAUGGCAACUUAUGAAUCGUUAUGAUAUCCCGCAACAAAUGAAUGGUAGUGAUUGUGGAAUGUUUGCAUGUAAAUUUGCAGAAUAUGCAUCGCGUCGGGCUCAGAUCUCUUUCAAUCAGGAGCAUAUGCCAUAUUUUCGUGAGCGAAUGGUUUUUGAAAUAUGUCGGAAAAAGCUUUUAUAA